UGCCACUUCGCUCGGAAUGAACUCUGAGCCAAAAUAAAAGAGCCAUUCGACUGAGAAAAAUUAAUAAACAAAGAGCAGCUCGCGGGCAGAGCAACAAUUGCCUGUACGGUCGUCAAUUGCCGUUAACUAAGUCAACAAUUGACAGCCGAAGACGCAGCAUCUUAAUUUUUUCCUUGUCUCCUCGCUGCGCCUUCAUCGUUUUGUUUCUGCCGUCCAACGUCACCGAAUUUGUAAAUUGGACGGGAAAAUGCAUUUAUAAGCAGUAAUAAGUGCCGUAUCGCCGAUUCUCUGUGUUCCGAGUGAUAUAAUAAAGGCGAGGGCUUCACUAAAUUACACACAGCUGCAAAAUGUCUUCGAAUGAGGCCUACCACAGAACCAACGAGCCGGGAGCAGGUGGAGAUGGCCCGGGUGAGUCCGCCGGCGGAUCUGCCGGAGGUAGUCAGCGGAGCAAUCACCUGCACCACCAGCAGAUACUCAACGAGACGACUUAUCUGAAACCCGCCGCCAAGCAGGCCUACUUCAGCGAUGAGAAAGUCCUCAUUCCCGAUGAUGAUCGCACAAACGUGGGUUUCAGCUUUCGCAAGCUGUGGGCCUUCACGGGACCCGGUUUUCUUAUGUCCAUUGCGUAUCUGGAUCCCGGCAACAUCGAAUCCGAUAUGCAGUCCGGUGCGGCGGCCAAGUACAAGAUCUUAUGGGUCUUGUUGUGGGCCACCGUCUUGGGAUUGCUCAUGCAACGCUUGGCUGCAAGGCUGGGUGUGGUCACAGGCCUGCAUCUGGCCGAGAUGUGCUACAGACAGUACAAGCGUCUGCCGCGUUGGAUCCUCUGGAUAAUGAUUGAGAUAGCCAUCAUCGGGUCCGACAUGCAGGAGGUUAUUGGCACGGCCAUUGCCAUUUACCUGCUGUCUAAUAAAGUAGUGCCUUUGUAUGGCGGCGUGUUGAUCACCAUUGUAGACACGUUCACGUUCCUGUUUCUGGACAAAUACGGUCUACGCAAGCUGGAGUUCCUAUUCGGUACCCUCAUCACAAUAAUGGCGAUCUCUUUCGGCUAUGAGUACAUUGUGUCAGCACCCAAUCAAGGGGAAGUUCUCGAGGGGAUGUUUGUGCCCUGGUGCUCUGACUGCAAUUCUAAUGUAUUGCUGCAGGCUGUGGGUGUGGUAGGUGCUGUCAUCAUGCCCCACAAUCUCUAUCUGCACUCGGCCUUGGUUAAGUCCCGAGAUAUAGAUCGUCGCCAGCCCAAGAAAGUGAGCGAAGCGAAUUUUUACUUCUUCAUAGAAGCCUCGGUGGCUUUGUUUGUCUCCUUUAUUAUAAAUCUGUUUGUGGUGGCAGUGUUUGCCCAUGGCAUGUAUGGCAAAACGAACAAGGAUGUUCUUGAUGUGUGCGUCAAUAAGUCAAUGUACGAUGAUGCAAAAAUGUCGUUUGUGGACAACCAAAACGGAACUGCCAUCAUCGAUGCGGAUCUUUAUAAGGGCGGCCUCUUUCUCGGCUGCACCUUUGGUGCCGUCGCCAUGUACAUUUGGGGCGUGGGCAUCCUGGCUGCGGGUCAGAGCUCCACGAUGACGGGCACCUAUGCGGGCCAGUUCUCCAUGGAGGGAUUCCUGAACCUGCAAUGGCCCCGCUGGUGUCGCGUGCUGGUCACGCGCUGCAUUGCCAUCAUUCCCACCUUCUGCCUGGCCAUGUUCAGCAAGAUGGAGGAUCUGACCAGCAUGAACGACAUCCUGAACGCUGUGAUGUCGCUCCAGCUGCCAUUCGCUGCCAUUCCCACCAUCGCAUUCACCUCAUGUGCAGCCAUAAUGGGCGAGUUCGUCAAUGGACUGGGCAACAAAAUCGUUUCCAUUCUGCUGACCAUUGUGGUGAUUGGCGUUAAUAUAUACUUUGUGGUGGUGCAGGUGGAGGCCAUGGAAAUUAAGGGCGGCCUGCUGGCUCUAGUCUGCAUAUUUGCCAUUCUGUACAUACUGUUUAACCUAUACCUUGUGAUACACAUGGCCGCCUGCAUGGGCAACCAGCGUCUGAUGAACAGCCGAUGGGUGCAGCGCUUCGUGUUGCCAAGCCAGAACAGCUUUUCGAUAAAGAACGCCAACUCCACGUAUGCCAGGAUCGCCACUAGUGCCGAGAACGAGGUGGAGGGCUUGGAUGGUGAGGAUGCGUAGCCAUUACUGUGCUGCACUGAUUCCGAUGGCAGUGAGGAGGUUUGUUUCAACAACAGCAACAACAACGAGAUUGGCUGCCCGAGCAGCAAUCUGGAGGGAACUGGAGGGCAGCACGUCGUCCUUAGCUAGCGGUGGCAUUCAAAUUGGCUCCGUGAACGCCGUCGCCGUAACAAACCACUCGACAACAGACACAAUGUGGCAGAAUUCUCCAUCGCCAGGUCAAAAUUCUAUUCGGUUUUGGCUGGCUGGGAAUGGAUUGGCGUCCGUUGUUGCUUCGGGUAUUCUUUUUAAGGGGUCCUCCGAGAGGACCUGGGAUCAGUGUAACACAAUAACAAAAUUCUAAUUUAUAUGCAUACCAAAAAUGGGUAAUGAACACUACUGACAGAUAAGCGCAGAGAGACAAAAGCAAAAUCCAUGAGAUCGGCAAAAGUAUCCCUAACCGAAAGCACUUUUAAUUAAAGCAAUUAGUUGUAAAGUCUAUUAAUAUUAAGGCUGUGAAAUUAACUGAGCGUAUAUCGAACCACAUCAAUUGUCUUAUCGUGUGUAAAUUUGCCUGUAAAAAUUUUAUCAUUUUGUGUCUAUUGAUUGAAUGUGUAUCAGUAAUUAUCUAUCAAGUGUUUUAGAAAAGGAAACUUUGUACUUUGUAUUUAGUUUUUAUUACUGUUUACCCUAAGAACUCCUUAAAAGCUGCACUUUAUAACAGAAACAAAAGGUCCAGAGGAGUCCAUUUUCUCCUAGCUAGCUACAUAUGAAUAUUUUAAAAAUUGUUGUGUACCAAAAUCGCUGAAAUAAAAAAUUUGUAUUGUAUUAAGAAACAA